GGAUUAUCAAUAAUCAAUUUGAUCUGGAGAAUUAUCUCACUUAUUGUUUCUCAUAAAAUAGCUUCAUGAAUUGAAUCAACAAAGUGAAUUUCUUGUUCUUUCUACUGUCGUUCUUUAUUUUGCUUCAAUUAAGUUCCAUUGAUACGGUCGAAAUCGACAUAAAUCUUGGAUACUUGUACAGGCGGUGCAACUAUUUAUUGGUUCUUUGGUUCAUUGGGCCCCAUAACACAAGCAUGUCUAACAAUUUGUGUUUAAAAACGGCGAGAGCUUAUAUCAGAACCAGCAGAAAGCAAUCAAUAUUACUCGCUCGCACAUUUGCAUCGACCACCCGCCGCAAUGAAAUAAACAAGGUGUUUCCUUCAGCCUCCGAGGCUCUCAAAGAUAUGAAGCCAGAUAGUACAGUUUUGUGCGGAGGCUUCGGCCUCUGUGGUGUUCCAGAUACCCUCAUUGAUGAAGUCGUCAACAGACCAGAGCUCAAAGGCCUUACUGCGGUUUCAAAUAAUGCUGGUACAGAUGAAUCAGGUCUUGGAAAAUUGUUGAAGACGAAGCAGAUCAAGAAAAUGAUUGCAAGUUAUAUCGGGGAGAAUAAAACGUUUGAGAAGAUGUACCUGACUGGUGAAGUCGAGUUGGAAUUGACACCACAAGGAACUUUGGCCGAGAGAUGUGCUUCCGGGGGUAAAGGUAUACCUGCUUUCUACACCCCUGCUGCAUUCGGAACGGUUGUGCAAACCGGCGAGCUUCCACUUCGCAACAAUCCGGAUGGUACACCAAAGGAACUUUCAUAUCCAAAAGAUGUAAAAGUCUUUCACGGCAAACCAUAUCUUUUGGAGGAGAGCAUUCGAGGUGACUACGCCUUCGUCAAAGCCUGGAAAGCAGAUAAACUUGGAAACUGUCAAUUCCGGUUAGCAGCCAACAAUUUCAAUGGUGCAAUGGGAAGAAACGCGAAGAUGACAAUCGUGGAGGCAGAGAGCAUUGUAGAGCCAGGAGACAUUCCACCGGAAGCUGUACAUCUCCCGGGAAUUUAUGUCAAGAGAGUUAUACAAUCUACAACAUCCAAGAGCAUCGAGAAAUUCACCUUUGCAAAAGAUCCAAAUGAUCCAGCGGCAAAGAGUGCACUUGGUAGUGGUGAUACCGCUGCCAAGCGAGAGAGAAUCGUUAGGCGCGCCGCCAAAGAAUUCAAAAAUGGUAUGUAUGCCAAUCUCGGCAUAGGAAUGCCUAUGCUUGCGCCAUCUUUUGUUGGUCCAGAAGUCGAAGUACAACUACAAUCAGAGAAUGGUAUCUUAGGGUUAGGUCCUUAUCCUCAAAAGGGAUUUGAGGACGCGGAUCUCAUCAAUGCUGGCAAAGAGACCGUGACACUAAACCCUGGUGCUGCAGUUUUUGGUAGUGAGGAGAGUUUUGGUAUGAUUCGAUCUGGAAGAGUAAAUUUGACCAUAUUGGGAGCUAUGCAAGUAAGCGGGAAUGGUGAUCUUGCGAAUUGGAUGUUACCCGGGAAGAUUAAGGGCUUUGGAGGGGCUAUGGAUUUAGUUAGCAACCCUUCAAUGACGAAGGUUGUUGUAACAAUGGAGCAUUGUGAUAAGAAAGGAAAUGCAAAGAUUGUCAAACAGUGCGAGUUUCCUCUAACAGGAAAAGCUUGCGUCUCGAGGAUUAUUACUGAACUGGGGGUGUUUGAUGUCGACUUUACAAAAGGACUUACCUUGAUUGAGAUUGCAGAUGGGGUGACAGUGGAAGAGGUCAAGAGCAAGACAGAUGCACCAUUUGCUGUCGCAGAAGAUCUUAAGCCAAUGCUAUAGAUCAUAGGUACGAAAGCAUACGGUUUUGCAAAUAUGAACUCGGAAAAUGGCGCUGUUUUGCUGUGGCAUAAUACUGAGGGUUAGUUACACACUUUGCGGUGGAUAAAAUGACUAAAUCUAAUGGUAAAUCAUCAACUCGGGGAAAUUUAUUAUUGUAGAAAUUGUAAUUGUGCGAAUCUUCUAUUUCCUAUUUUUUGGAGGGUGCCGAUUGAACAUAUGGUAGCUCUUGGAAUAUAUUGUGAUGCACAUGAAAAGCUGGCCGCCUCCGGUGAUGAGAGGACAUUUUGUUCAAAAUCUAGAAUACUGACCGAGAACAUAGAGCGAAUACCAACCCUGACUGGGUACA